CAAAAUGUAUACAGUAUCAUGUUUGAAAUAAUAUAUAAUAUAAUUCAGAAAUCCCAAUCUGAGAUGAAAGUUCAAAAUGAAGAAAUAGAAAGAAAACAAGAUGAAAUGAAGGUAAUAGACAAUUAGACUUUUCAAUUGCGAAUGGAUUUGCAUGACGAUAGGUAUAAUUGGUUAACAGCAAUACUGCAACACAUUUAUCAAAAAUUAAAUUUUACAAUUCAGAAAAAUGAUGACGAAAUCAAACAUUCCCAAGCACAGAUAAAAGUGGAAAUGAACGAAAUGAAAGAUAAAAUCACUGGAAUGGAAAGAAAACAAGAAAAAAUAAAGGUAAGAUAAGAUUGGUCCAUUCUAGGUUUACAUGGCGAUAAAAACAAAUCUUCUGUAUGUCAACUUUGUGAGGAUAUUAAUUUACAUUUCCUGUACUAAUCGUAGUUUAUCAAAAUGUACAGGAUAAGAUGAAAGUGGAAUUGAAAGAAAUGAAAGAUAAAAUCACAGGAAUGGAAAGAAAGCAAGAUCGAACAAAGGUAAGUCAUGAUUAUUGGGUCAUCAUCUACCUAUACUAUCCAGGCUCGUGGUUGGUUAAUUAUAACAAUGAAAGACAAUAAAACUAUAGAAAUCGUCUUUCUAAAGAACGAGUCACGAACAAUGAUCAUUUUUGUUUCUGAUUUGUUUCUGAAAGCCAAUCACAAAACAUGAUCAUUUUAGGUAGGUCUUUACCAGGAUUCUUUGCAGCUUUGCACGGAGACGAAUCAAAUUGUUUUGUGUAUUGUUGGCGAUGACAAUGGAUUAUUUCAAACCUGAAAUUAUGAUCUAUGAAGAUAAAUAACCUGGACACUGAAAU